GGCAGUAAAGUUUCUAUUGACGCUUCUAGACAAACCAAAUCGAGGCAGAGCUCUGACAUCGAACCAGGAUUAAUAUUCAAUUGUCGCUAAAUUAAUUCCUCAUCACAAGGAUGUCAGACGACAGCAAGCAGAUAAUAGCACAGAAAAGCGCUAAAAUUGCGCCGGGGGCUGUUGUGUGUGUUGAAAGCGAAAUAAGAGGAGAUGUGACCAUCGGUGCUAGAACAGUUGUCCACCCCAAAGCCCGGAUCAUAGCAGAGGCAGGGCCCAUUGUCAUCGGGGAGGGGAACCUAAUAGAGGAGCAGGUGCUGAUCGUUAACAGUUACCCAGAAAACAUAAUGCCAGACACAGAGGGAGCGGAGCCAAAGACCAUGGUCGUUGGGACCAAUAAUGUUUUUGAAGUCGGAUGUGUCUCUCAGGCUUUGAAAAUUGGAGAUAACAAUGUGAUCGAGUCCAAAGCUGAUCUCGGGAGAAACGUGAUCCUGACCAGCGGCUGCAUCGUCGGCGCCUGCUGCCACAUCAACACGUGUGAGGUGGUGCCAGAGAACACGGUUGUGUACGGCUCAAACUGCCUCCGACGUGUGCAGAACGAGAAGCCACAGCCUCAGACUCUGCAGCUCGACUUCCUCAUGAAGAUUCUGCCCAACUACCACCACCUGAAGAAGACGGUGAAGGGGAGCGUCACGCCCGUGAGGAGCUAACAUGGGUCCAGAGGAACACGACGUCCUACAGACCAAAGCAUCUGGACAAACCUGCACCUUUGGCCACUUUAGUGUUGUUAGUCAUGUUCCUUAUAGCACAGCGCUGAAAACACACACACCCCUUCACUUCUUGCACUUUCUAUUUCAAAAUAUUAUCAUGAUUACAUGAAAUGUACAGUGCCAUAUGCAAGUUAGUGUGUUAUAUAAUUCUUCCUACAAAGAUGAAAUAAAGGUUCUAAUAAUAAA